UUAAUUAUAACUCCUUUUCCCUCUCUCCUCUCUCUCUCUCUUCCAUGCUGGUGGGUUCUUCUUUAGAUCUCUGAACCAAAGCUCAAAGCUUUACACAGAAGGCACAGAGAGAGAGAAUCAGAGAAGCCACAAACAAAGUGUUUCACUUUAUUUCUUUUUGUUUCUAUUUGAUAUUUUUUUUUUUACUUUUUUCACUCUGUGGUCAAAUGUCUUCCUCUCUACUCUUCUUCUUCUUCCUUUUGGUUUGAGUCUCUCUUGUUACUUUAGAGAGAAAAAUGUUGGCUUUUUGGAGAAGAUGAGUGGAGAAAGGGAAAGUUUUGAUGUUUAAUUGAGUUGACCCACUUCGAUCUACAUCUGGAUUUUGCAGCAUUCUAGAGCGAAAAUGAGGAAACAUGGAUGGCAACUUCCUUACCAUCCUCUUCAGGUGGUGGCUGUUGCUGUGUUCUUGGCUUUAGGGUUCGCUUUCUACGUCUUCUUUGCUCCGUUCGUUGGGAGCAAGAUUCAUCAGUACAUUGCGAUGGGUAUUUACACUCCUCUGAUAACGUGUGUGGUUGGACUGUAUAUAUGGUGUGCGGCUUCAGAUCCUGCAGACCGUGGUGUUUUCCGGUCAAAGAAGUACCUGAAAGUUCCUGAAAACGGGAAGUUUCCUCAAUCAAAGGGCUCAAAAGAUGGUUGUGGUGGUGCUAAGUCUCAUGACAGCACAUGUGUACAGGAUCAAGAAAAUGGAACUAACACCAAGAAACUGGACUCAUCGCAAGGAUCUUGUUUUCUGCGUGUGCUUUGCUCUCCUUGUGCAUUGAUUUGUGGUUGCUGCAGUGGAAGAGAUGAAUCUUCUGAGCAGCAGAUGAGUGAGGAUGGGAUGUUUUAUUGCAGUCUUUGUGAAGUUGAGGUCUACAAAUACAGUAAGCAUUGCAGAGUUUGUGACAAGUGUGUGGACCGUUUUGAUCAUCACUGCAGGUGGCUAAACAACUGCAUUGGCAAGCGGAAUUACCGAAAGUUCUUCAGCCUCAUGAUAUCUGCUAUUUUCUUGCUCAUAAUGCAAUGGUCAACUGGGAUUUUUGUGCUGGUGUUAUGUGUACUCCGCAAGAACCAGUUUAGUGCAGAGAUUGCCUUAAAGUUGGGAAGCAGCUUCUCUCUAGUUCCAUUUGUUAUAGUCGUUGCAGUUUGCACUCUAUUAGCAAUGCUGGCAACGCUACCCCUUGCUCAGCUUUUCUUCUUCCACAUUCUUCUCAUUAAAAAGGGAAUAAGUACAUACGACUACAUAGUUGCACUUAGGGAACAAGAGCAAGAGCUAGAAGCUGGUGGUGGUCAGCAAAGCCCUCAAAUGUCAAUGAUCAGCUCUUUCACUGGACUAAGCAGUGCAAGCUCCUUCAAUACGUUUCAUCGCGGAGCUUGGUGCACCCCACCACGUUUGUUUCUUGAGGAUCAGUUUGAUGUAGUUCCUCCAGAGAAUGCGUCUGUAAGUUCAUAUGGGAAGAAGUCAGUGGUUGAAGAACGCGUCAAGAAGAAGAACCAACCUGUGAAGAUAAGUCCAUGGACUCUAGCUCGCCUCAACGCAGAAGAAGUCUCAAAGGCAGCAGCAGAAGCAAGAAAGAAGUCCAAAAUAAUCAAGCCUGUAGCCAGACGAGAAAACCCCUUCGUUGGGUUAGAAGCAAGCAGCAGCUUCGGAAGCAGCGGCCGGAGAAACUUCCCAGCAAAGUUCGAAGCUGUUAAUAGUAGUAACGGGAAGCAUCAGCGAAGGCAAUCUAAGCGCAUCAGGUUACCAGCAGAGUUGCCUCUAGAACCGCUAAUGAAUGUUCAGACAAGAGCAGCUAUUAUGGAGACAUCAACCAGCUCAGGGCUAGGUCCUCUUCAGCUAGAAGCAAGAAGCGCGUUUCAGACAAGCCGUGCGAUGUCGGGAUCAGGUGGUGGUGUUAUGGUGACGUCUUCACCAGAGAGCAGCUUAGACUCGCAUGACAUUCAACCUUUUAGAGUUUCGUCUGAAGCGGAGGAUUCAGCGCAGCUUAAUGGGUUUUCUUCAGCUGUUGGUUUGAUGAGUCAGCUAAGAGGACAACAACAACAGCAGCAGUCAAUGAUGAUGAUGCCAUUGUCAAGGUCUACAAGUGAUGGCUACGAUGCAUCUGGUGGAGAAGACAGUGAUCAGGUUCCUUCUAGAAACAUCCACAAAUCAAGAUGAGAAAGUAUAAUUAAGUUUUUGAGCUUUAUAAGGGUUUGAGAGGCAUUCUUUGAUAAAAUGCUGUGGUCACAUUCAAGAAAAGUCAACAUUUUUAGACAAAUGUUUAAAAGAGACUCUUACAGUGUCUGCCAAGAGCUCUUAGGUGAAGGCAUCAGGAAGAGUUGUGGAUUCUGAAUAUUUAUUAUUUUAAUUUCAAAGUAAUGAGAACAGUUUGAACGUUAGGGAUUGACCAGAACUUUCAUUUCUUGUUUUGUAAGGAAAAGAUCUUGUUUUGUUUUUUUUUUCAUGAAAAGAAUGUCAAGUUGCACAAUUCAUAUGUUGUUAUCUGAAAUUCUUGCAAA